AUGGGUGUGAGGAGAAGAGAAAGGGUUGCUUUGCCUACCUCGCGACCCUCGCCCGUCGCCCUUGCUUUCUCCGCCCACUGCCCUCGCCCCGCCUGUCGCCCUCGCCACCUCGUCGCUCGUCGCCCUCGCUUCCUCCUCCCGCCCUCGCUUCCUCUGCCCGCGCGCUUCUCCCAUACCAUCGACCUCGCUUCCCUCGCCCAUCCCCCUCGCUUCCCCCGCCUGUCGCUCUCGCUUUCCCGGCCUACCACACUCGCCUCUCCCUUCGCCCUCGCCGCCUCCCCGCCCGUCGCCCUCGUCUCCUCCGCCCAUCUACUUCGCUUUCCCCCGCCCGUCGCCCUCACUUCCCCGCCCCAUCGCUCGCCCCUUCAAUCGCUGCUGCUUCCUUUUUGCAGAGGCCACUUUCCCUCUUCUCACUCUCCACUACGCUCGAAUUUCCCCCUUGAUUGUGCUCGGUUUCCCCCCCUGAUUGCGCUCAUUUUCCCCCCUGGUUGCGCUCGGUUCCCCCCCCUGAUUGCGCUCAAUUUCAUUCAUAAAUGUCCUCUGGCAUCCUCCUGCGUACCCUCCCCCCUUUUCUAUCACUCCUUCACCCUCUCCCCUCUCUUUCUAUCUCUGUCGAUCCCUCCCCCUCUCUUUCCCUCAUGUCCCCCCUCCAACCCCGAUUCCUUUCCCUCCUUGCCCUCAUGUUCCCCUGUUUCCCCCCCCUGGUUCCCCUGUUUCCCCCCCCUUGGUUCCCCUGUUUCCCCCCCCUUGGUUCCCCUGUUUCCCCCCCCCCUGGUUCCCCUGUUUCCCCCCCCUGGUUCCCCUGUUUCCCCCCCCCUGGUUCCCCUGUUUCCCCCCCCCUGGUUCCCCUGUUUCCCCCCCCCUGGUUCCCCUGUUUCCCCCCCCCUGGUUCCCCUGUUUCCCCCCCCCUGGUUCCCCUGUUUCCCCCCCCCUGGUUCCCCUGUUCCCCCCCCCCCCCUGGUCCCCCUGUCCUCCUCUCUUCCCCCUGUCCUCCUCUCCCCCCCCUGUCCUCCUCUCUCCCCCCUGUCCUUCCCUCACCCUCCUAUCCUCCUCUCUUCCACCUGUCCUCCUCUCUCCCCCCUGUCCUCCUCUCUCCCUCCUUUCCUCCUCUCUUCCCCCUGUCCUCCUCUCUCCCUCCUAUCCUCCUCUCUUCCCCUUGUCCUCCUCUCUCCCCCCUGUCCUCCUCUCUCCCCCCUGUCCUCCUCUCUCCCCCCUGUCCUCCUCUCUCCCCCCUGUCCUCCUCUCUCCCUCCUAUCCUCCUCUCUUCCCCUUGUCCACCUCUCUCCCCCCUGUCCUCCUCUCUCCCCCCUGUCCUCCUCUCUCCCUCCUAUCCUCCUCACUCCCCCCUGUCCUCCUCUCUCCCCACUGUCCUCAUCUCUCCCCCCUUUUAUCAUCCCUUCCUCACUCCUCUCAUCCGUUCCUCCCCUCUCUCAUCCAUUCCUUCCCUCUCUCAGCCCGUCCUCCCCUCACUUGUCCUUUUUCAACCCUGCUAUUGUCUUCAACAGGCAUGUAACUCGGAAGUGCUUGGGUGGUUUCACGACCAUGUAA